UAUCAAAUAUUAUCUUGUCUAUUGUAGAUAGAUACAUACUGCUGUGGUAAGACUGGGUAGACUAGAAUUCUGUUCUUUCUGAACUUGAUGUUGGUGCAUAAUUUAUAGUAGACACGCUGCUGCUAUCUAGCACAAAAAUAUUUCCCAUUCUCCUUUUCUUCAUAACCUUAGUGCUUUCCAUCUGUUCUUUAUUCUUACUUCUAAAAUCAACAGGUUGAGAAGAGGUUUAGGCUAGAAUUUCUCUUCCUUGAGUGUUUUUCUUGUAUAUGCAUGUGUGUGUUUUUUAAAUUGUAUGCAACAUAGAAGGGUGUAUCUCAGACCUGAUUACAAAAAAUAAGUCUUUGUCUUAUUUUGUCUGAUCUAUUGAAAUAUUGGAUAAGAGAAACAAUACUUUUCCUUUGACACAUUACAAAAUAUAACUCCUCUUUCUCUCUUGCCCUUCAAUUCCAUGCCCCAGUAAUCUUUUGAGAUGAUUGCUACAGACAUUCUUUCUUUUUUACUUUGAUCCCGCACAUCUGUCUUGGAAACACUGGUGCAAAUUACUCACUAGUCUCAUUCUUGCCUUUUUCCUUUUGUUUUCUAUUUUUAACCAGUUAAAAAGAAUAAGUGGUGAAAAAUAUAGAGAACUUGAUAGCUAAGAAUUGUGUGUGUUUGUCUUUCCUAAAAUGCAAGAUCCUAAAGUGUGCUCUAGGCCUGGUUUUUAUGAGACUACUUAUCAUAAACAUAUUGUAUAAAAAGAAGUUGAUUGGAUAGAGUUUAGGAAGUUUAGGAAGUCUAAAAUGACAAUAAUGUUCAUACUAGUAUAAUUCUAGCCUUCUAAAAUAUCAUUAACUGGCUUGCCAAAAGACAAAUAUAAUGUUGUUGAUGAUUUUGGUGCAAUAUUGUCUCUGUUUUGGCAAUAUAGUAACUACUUCAUCCAAAAUGAGAGUUUAUUUCUGUUACUUGGUCAUCCUUGUUGUAGCUGAUUGCUUCUGCUCUAUUUAACAAAAUAUGUAUAAGCUUUGUUAGUGUGGAAAAAGUGCCAAGUUUCGAUUCAAUACUUGCUUAUGCUGUUGUGUACAGUUUUCUAGUAACCUUAUGAGAAAAAGAAAAUGUACUGCACAGAUGUAUCACUUGAGAUCCAUUCUAUGUACCAAAACCUUACUGAAGGUUUAGAAGAACAGGUACUUUCUAUACAAGAUUCUUUGCUUCAAUUGCAACAACUGUUGACAGAUCUUCCCCAUGAUAUGCUCGAAGAUAGUGGAGAUCACCUCUCUGACUAUAGUGUAACUGGGGACCAUGAACGUUUAAAUGAACCUUGGGAACAGAAUGGCAACCAAUGGAACGAUCAUCCAGUUGCAACGAACACACAAAAUGGUCAGAAUGUAUAUGGUGAACACUUUCUGUACGAUCAAGGAAAUAUCCCAGGUGAAAUGCGUGCCGGAGAAUGGCCUGACCAAUCCAAUGAAAGUGAAGAUAAAAGCAUGUACGAGAUCUCUGGCAGGGUCAGUGAAAAUGGGUCUGAUGAUGUGUAUCUCGGAGGAGAUGGAUUUCAAACGCCUAGCCAUUACCAACAAACCAAUGCAUAUCAUCUUCCAGAAAACUUUAGACCAUAUACCAAUGGACACCAGCAAGAAUUCAGUAAUCAGCACAGCAAAAUUCCAAACAUGGUUGAUGCUAAGAAGGAGCACUUGAAGUUUGGCCCUUCAGAAGCAACUACCAAGCAAUCUGUGGAACCUUACAAAGUAAUAUAUAAGCCAUACCAGAAUAACAUUCAGCAGCCAGUCCCUGUUUCUCCAGAUGCAGCGAGAAGAAAUGAAAUAUUUGAAGAAAUGCAGCAAGAAUUUCUGGGUACUAGUGAGAAUUCUUCAGAAAACAUGCAGAUUCUACAACUUCAAGUUCUUAAUAAAGCAAAAGAACGAAAACUGGAGGAACUUAACAAACAGCUGGAAGAAAGGGCACAGCAGAUUAGGUAUCUCUCUCAUCAGCUUGCAAUCAUGAAAGAUGAAAAAGAUGGCAUGUACCUUAGUCUUCAGGAAAGUCAAAAACUCUAUCAAAAUGGCAAGGAAAGAGAACUGCAGUUUGAAGGCCAAAUAAAAGCACUUGAAGCCGAAAUUCAAACUCUAAAGGCCAAUGAGGAGCAGCUGAUCAAAAAAGCCAAAGUAGCAGAAGUUGCCAUGGAAAGCGUACAGCAGCAACUCUUAGAACUCAGACGAUCCGAUUCCCUUCAGCGUGCAAGGGAGCAGCACGAGGCCAUUGUUGCAGCACUCCAACAGAAAAACGAAGAACAAGUCUUAUCUCUGCAGCAGAAACUUGAAGCUAAGCAUGUAGCACUUCAGGAGCAGACAGAACUUUGCUGCCAUCUAAAGGAAAGUAUGAAGCAACUUGAAAGAACUCUUGAAGAAAGCAAAUUAGAAAAGAACGAAAUGAUCAAUCGACUCUCGAGGAGCCUGGAAGAAAGUCAGAAUCAGUGUGCGAAUCUCCUCCAGACAGGAUUGGUGUCAGAAACAAAUCAAUUACGAAUACAGCUUCAACAAGCCCACUCUGCCCACUUAAUAAGUACUGAAAUGAACAAGGCUCUGCAGGAAGAGUUGAAGGAACUAAAAGAAGAAAUUCGUUUGUAUGAAUCUGCAGCAAAACAUGGUGUGUUUCUCAGUAACCCAGAUGGAGAAUUGAAUGCAGACAUGUCUGAUUCAUAUGUCGAUUUGGGUAUUAAAAAAAAACCAAAACUGAACAGUCCCGCUGAGACUAAAGAAGCAGGUAGAGGACUUUCUAAAGAUGAGAUCAUCUUAGAGCUAAAGGAUGAAAUGGAACGUUUUCUGAGAAGUCAUAAAUCAAAGCGGAACCGGAUUUCCCAGCUGCAGAACGACCUCGAAAAUAGCCAGAGGACAAUAGAAGAACUGAAGCAGCAGCUGAUAAAAACAAAUGUAUAUGAGUGUAAAGGAAAGAAUACUCAAGGAUCAUCUGAUACUUUACAGUCCAGUACCUUUGAGGAAAUUCAGAAGCUCAGAAAAGAAAAUGAAUUUUUACGGCAAGAAACUGAGUGCCAGCAUGCACAGGUUCAAGAACUUACAAAAAACCAAGAAAAACUCAAAAAUGCAAAUCAAGAGCUGUGUAGUCAGAUGAGACAAAUGGUUCAGGACUGUGAUCGUGAUAAGCAAGAAGCCCUUGACAGGUGUGAAAGGACAUACCAACAACAUUAUGAGGAUAUGAAGAAAAAGCUUUGUGAAGACCUUAUGGAAACGUAUAAGAAGAAAGAAGGAAAGCUUAUCCAGGCUUACGAAGAGAACAUUUGCCAGUUAAAAGUUGACAUUGAUGAGUUGAACAAAGAGAUGAUUGCCGUGAAGGAAUGUUACAUUGCUGUCUGCAGAGAUAGAGAUGAAUUGGAAUCUACUUUAAAAGCAGCAUUUGAACAUGAACAACAAGUGAGGGAAGACAAGUUCAAGAAACAGUUAUUGGAGGAAAAGGAAGUGUCUUUGAGCAAGCUGAGGACAGAACUAGAAGAAGCUCAUCAGAAUGCCAUGGCACUCGCUAAGGAUCAGUGGCAGAAAGAAAAAGAAGCUGAGAAGAAGAAGCACACUGAGAAUGAAAUUGCUAAAGCCAAAGCCCUUUGGGGGAAAGAACUGGAACAGGCCAAAGAGCAAGCUAUCCAGGAAGUUGAAAAAGAAUGGCAGAAUAGAUUGGAUCAAGCUCUGGAAGAAGCGAAGAAACCAGUCUUAGAACUCAAAGAUCAUGCCAACCAAACAGAACCGUUAUCCAUCAAAGAUGACACGCUACGCCAACUCAUUGCAGAGGCGGUUGAAGAGCAAACGCUGCUAUUUCGGGAAACACUGAAAGAAAAGGAAAAUACACUGAGAGAACAUGAAGCUAGACAUCACGAGAGCAUUGCCAGCCAGGUCUCACUGGUUCUUUCUGCCACUGAAGAGAAAUGGAAGAAGGAAAUUGAGAGCAGUGAUAAACUUAGAGUCAAGAACAAGGAGCUUGAAGAAAAGAUAUUUUCCCUUAAAAGGGAACUGGAGCUGAAAAAAGAUGAAAUCCCAGCCAUCGUUAAAGCAGAAUUGGCAAAAGCGCGGACUCAGUGGCACAAGGAAAAGCAGGAGGAGGUGCACAGGAUACAAGAACAAAACGAAAAAGAUUACCACUCUUUUUUGCAAGACCACAAGAAUAAAAUCAAUGAGGUCCUUGCAAAAGUCAAAGAAGACUUUGCAAAGCAAAAGAAAGAAUUGCUUGAUCAGAAAGAGAGAGAGCUGAAGAUGCACCUGGAGCAAAAGCAACAAGAGUGUGCUAUUCAGGAAGCCAAGAGAUUGCAAAAUGAAAUCAGCCAAUAUGAGGACAGGAUCCUGGUUCAGGUGGAACUCCUCCUAGAUGACAUGCACAAGGAUUUGGUCAGAUACGCAAGUGAUGAGCGUACUUGGCUAGCUAAGUGGACUCUUCCUUCCCUUCAUAACAAUCCUCCGUUCAAAGAGAAACUGACAAUUUGUUUGCAGAAAGCAUAUAAAGCCACCAUCUGUGCCAUUCUAGAAAAACGCAAGCAAACAUGGAAGCAGAAACAUGAGGAUUUGGGUUACAAUUUCAAAGAUUUCGAGGACCCUUGCCUGCAAAAUGAAGGAGAGACUGGGGACAAAGCAAGGCCUAUCUUGUAUGAUGUGGGACAGCAAAUGGAAUUACAAAGAAUGUUAAGAAAACAGCCAUCUUUGCAAGAGGCUGAAAUGGACUCUGGUUCCAACUACAGGAAGCAAAACCUGUUAUCUCAAGAAGGCAUUUGUUGUGACCGUUGCCGCCAUCAGCUUGAAAGAAAAGAAAAAGAAUGUCAAGAUUUGAAAAAGAAACUUGACAAAGCUUGCAAACACCUCCAGCUUGCUGUGAGGGAACAAAAGUCAAAACUGGAACAAGACAAAACCUUGGAGGCAUUAAUGGAAGAAAACUCUGUGUUGAAGACUAAACUUGAUGAUCUGAAAUCUGCUAGUGUUCCCCCAAGAUCAUUGUCGGAAGGGUAUGUCUCAAAGCCUUGCAGUUCCUGUGAUGGAAAAGCUUUGGAAGAAAUGCGUUCCCAGUAUAUUAAAGCAGUGGGCAAAAUCAAGAGUGAUAUGCUUCGUUACAUUCAUGACAGCAAAGAGAGAGCUGCAGAAAUUAUUAAAUCAGAAGUAUUAAGGGAACGCCAGGAGACGGCCCGUAAGAUGCGCAAAUACUAUCUUAUUUGUCUUCAGCAACUUCUGAAUGACGAUGGAAAGCAUGAAGGGGCUGAUAAAAAAAUAAUCUGUGCUGCCGGCAAAAUUGCAACAAUGGCUAAAAUACUGGAAACCCCUGUUCGUAACUCAGCUCCGAACAAAAUAACCCGCUCGGCCCUGUCACAAACCUCCAAGCUGCUCUCUGACGUUAAUGGAACUAAAGGAAAUUACAUGCAACAUGCCAGGCCAACUGCGAUGGAAAAUCAUGACGAAAGUGUGGGUCAUAAUCCUCCAACCCAGAGACGCAUCCCUUGUAGUUUACAGCAGCAGCUUGAGGCUGUUGAAAACCAGUCAGCCCCAGUUCCCCAAACCCAGCUUGAUGAGAAAGCCUUUCAGCAAUUGACUGACCCUUCAGUUAUUACUGAUGACAAAACUAGAAGCCACCACCAACCUCCUCUUGUUCCAUUCCAGAACCAUCCUCUAUGUUUUUCCGAAGGGAAAUUCCAAGGCAUCAGUCCAAUUAGCAGUACAGAUGGUGGUUCUGACCCAGGGGCAACUUGUGUACGAUUUAAGAACUUAAGUGAAAGAUUGGCGAUGAAGGAACAUAGCUGUCCUCAGUCUGUUAGCCAUCAGAAAGAACCCUCUAUCUUUGAAAUCCGGGAGACUCCAGUAAGAGAUGAAAGUUGCUCUUCUGACUGGAGCUUGGUGAGUGAUACUCUCCAAAUGGACAGCAAUGGUGCAUUGAUUCUAUACCCAAUUAAUAAACCACAUUCCGGGCCACCACUGGAAUCCUGUCCACAGUUCCCCACUCCAAAUCUCUUUUCUCAUGGCAAGGAAAAUUCACAUAUGUUUUGCCACCCGUCUGCUGGUCGUGAAAAUGGGUCCCUCAUUGCAAAGAGACAGGACAUUGAUUACAAAGAAGGCCACCAGACUGCGAAUCCUGGAGAAAUGCCAUAUCCAAACUUGGAAGAAUUAAAACCUCUAAGUGGUGCUGCAUUAUGUUCAACAGAAGGGAAAAGCUACAACCCGCUGCAUUCAAGGAAACAGGUGGAAGAUGUUAUAACUUUUCAUCAAGAUAGUGGCUUUGACAGCCCACAAAUCCACUUUGAUUAAACACCAGGAUCAAGACUCUGCACAUUCUGGAGAAAGAGAUUCUUAAAUAUAUUUAAAUGAAAGCUGUGGAGGAAGCUGAUUGUGACUGUCGUGUGAUUGUUUUUUGUUUGUUUGUUUCUUAACUUUUAUGUUUGACUUUUACCUCAACAAACUCAAUUGUAAAUAUUUAUGACGGUUUGGGCUACAUCUUUGCUCUCUGACCCUCACUAUGUAUAGAUUGGUUUUAUACACGUGUGUUGUGUUUGAAAUGAUCUAUUUUUAUACCUCAAGAUUAGUGUGCAGUCCAAUGCAAACCUUUUUAUAUUUAUACAGAAAUAAAACUGACACAGUUGUCACAGAUGUUA